AUUUCAUACCCGAGCUCAAAGAUGAACACAAAGCAGGAAAAUCCCAGAUUCUCCUCACCUGCCAGACUAUGAAAACAAUCCCAUGGGCUGAAGCAUCUGCAGAAUAAACUAGAGUGGGAAAGUUAAUAGCUUACAGCUGAAGUCCUUCUCUUGCAAGAUUCCCAGCUGCUGGAAGUGAGUUUACUAGGGAACGAAGCAGUCAGGGAUCGAAAACUGGAUGCUUGUCAGCUUUCAGAAUAAUACCAAAACGCUGGAGGUCUGCAGCAUCUUUCACCUCAGGAUCUCACCCACCUGGGACGCUUGAUGGGCUCCCUCCAGAAAACAGCUGUCUGCCUCCUGUUCCUGUCCGUUUUCUUUAGUGCCUCCAACAGCACAUUUGCAACCUUCAACUGCAAUGCUGUCAAGAUAGAAUAUAAAAAAACGGCAGUAAUUUCAUGCAUUGGCAACAUGAAGAUUACAAACAUGGUAGUUAAGCGCUGUGAAAGGUGUAAUAAACAGAACUCGUGCUUAGAAACUAUUAUUAACACCUGGAGAGGAAACUAUUCCAGUGAAAAGGGAAGAAUUCGGCUGGUGCUACAACACAACGUUUCUGAAGUGCACAUACAGGAAGUUAAACCAUCUGAUCAAGGAGGUUAUAAAUGGCAUCUUUAUUCUGACAAUGGUGAACGCGAUGGAUGUACCAACCUUGAGAUUACAGAUCCAGAAAUUGAGCCUAGCCUCAUCUGGAACGGAAGAAAGCUCGCCUGCCUGUCACCUAUAGGGCAUCGACAAAGGCAAGUCCAUUGGUUCGAUGGCCACGGGAAUAACCUGACAGGCAAUGCAAGCCUGGUAUCUGAGGAAGCAGAAGGUGGCAUAACCAGCCUUACCAGCACUCUCCAUGAGAAACCCAACUUAACUGCCUCCGAGUAUUGCUGCACUGUGCUGUAUGAUGUGCACACCAAGAGAAACAAAACCAAAUGCCUUAGUGCCCACAAAGCAGUCGCCGAUUACCUUCAUUUCACUUCAACCUCAGAUCAGGAAAUUCCGAAGACCAUGAAAGAGCGCAUUCCCAUCAUUCUAGUGCUUAUCAUUCUGGUUCUCUGCUGUUUUGCAGCUGUUCUAUACUACAGGCAUCGCCAGCGAGCAACAGCAAAAGGGAAUUUUGCAGACCUAUUAAGGACCCUCCUUCCACUUUUGAGACAAAAUGAAAAAGCAAAAGAAAAUGCACCUAACCAAGAAGUGUGAUGUGUGAAAACAAGAUGCCCCCUCAAUGAAAACGAUGAUCCAGCCUGCACCAAUGCAACUAAAUUUAAGCAAAGCAGUAGAUACAGAAACUCAGUCAUUCAGAACAUACAUGCUAAGCAAUCCAACAGUGUGAAGCAACUAGCAUUUUAAAGACUUUUUUUGUCAGACAUCCUGUUUUGCAGACAAGGGGCUACAUUGUCCUCUCAGUUUCACUGGUGUAACUCAGUGGAAAAUGUGGUCUGAUAAUCUGAGCAGCAUUCUUUCCCUCCCUGAAACACUGAUGCUUUAAGGCCAUAUUUUCACCACUUUUGAUGGAAUCAAAGCUUUGUUUCCUACCUUAAUAGUCAGCCCUUUAGGAUGCGCUAAUAGGGCGGCUACAUGUAUGGAGCAUUUUAUCCCCUGCAUUAUGUAGCAUUAUUAACCUGCUGCCAUCAGGACAGAAGCGCAGUGCACGAUCACAAAGACUUUGUGGUGUGAAUGCCAAUCUAAUUCACCAACCAAAUGCUGUGUUGUGAGGGGACUGUGGAACUGAGAAACAGCCCUUGACUCAGCACCAACUUCAAUUACUUGCAAGAGAUGUCUGCUGAAUGGACACACUGAAGAGAAAAUGAAUGAGGCCCCAACUUCACAAUUAGAUUGCAGAAGUUAAUUGCACUGAUUUUCUUCUGAAAUAUGAUAAAAAAUAUAGAAAGAACGUGGGGAAUCUUGUUUUGUGGGCUGACAGUUACCUGGAUUAUUUCACCCUAAAGAAUGAAAGUGUGCUGUUUGUCAAGGCUUUUAAUCAUGUAAUUAAAAUAUAGAUUUAGGACAC